UGGCUGUGGGUCUUUUCUUAAUGCUGGACCUUCACUCUCACUCACUCUCAUUCUCUAACUUCACUCUAGUGAACCUCAACACCGCGCAUCACGUAACAAACGAAAUUGUCUUUCAUUUUUCUUUCCAAAGAAAUCAUUCUUUGUUCUCACACCGAGCUCUCAAUAUCCAUGUUCCACUUUUAGGUCGUCACUGCUGUAAAGAUAUAUGCUGGAAGCCAUGGAUCCAGACGUGGAGCCAAAGAUCAAAGGCGGCGAGGAUGAGGAUCUCGAGAUGGCAGACGCGCCCGGCCAAGUUCCCACCACAUCUCAAACGGCACAUCAAAACACCGAGGAGGAGCAACCGGAUUUCAAUGCGGCGCCGUCAUCACAACCCGAAUCUUCUCUCCCACCUCCAACCAGAGAAGCUUUCUCUCCUUCCACCAUUCUAGAAACCACCGAGAAGCCCUCAGAAUCUCAAAAGAUGGGCCCGAAGAAGAAGGGAACCGCUGCGGUCAAGAAGGUCCCGAAAAGACCCAAGGGUGGCCCCUCGAGAUUAAGCAAGCCCAAGAAGCAGACCGAUGCAGCAUCCACAACAUCAUCCACCAACCUACACGACGACUUGGCAGGAGGCUCCGAUGAUGAAUCUGACAACGGGCCGUAUUGUAUAUGCCGCGGUCCAGACGACCAUCGGUUCAUGAUCUCGUGCGAUAUGUGCGACGACUGGUUCCACGGCGAGUGCAUCGGCAUGAGCAAGGAGGUCGGCGAGAACCUCAUUGAGCGCUUCGUCUGCCCUAACUGCGCAGACGGCGACCAGAACGUCAGUCUCUUCAAGAAGACGUGCUCGUACAGGAACUGCAUGAAGGCGGCGCGUCUUUAUGAUGGUCCGGAGAACAGCAGCGUCUUCUGCAGCGAUGAGCAUGCGCAUAUGUUUUGGGAGAAGAGCAUCGCCGCCCUGCCAAAGAAGCACUCAUCUAAGAAUGGUUCACAGGACGGACUCACCCAGGAGGAAGCCAUGGGUCUGUUGGCUAGCACGCUUGCCGGUGUGGACCCGGAUGAUGGCAGAUGGAAGGUCCAAACCAAGCCGUUUGCUCCAAAGAAAAACGGAGCUGAAAGCCCUGAAUCCAAGACUAAGAAUCUUGUACCGGCGUACCUCGCCGAGGAGGAGAAGGAGAUUCUCACAGUCUCAGCCGCGGAGCGAAAGAAGCUGGGCGAAGAGGUCCUCCUCUGUCAAAAGAUGCUCCAGCUCCUCGAGUGGGCCAACGACCGGCGAAAGGCCCUCAUCGCCUCCAAGCAAUUUGAAGACGCGGCGUGUGGCUACGACUACCGCCUCGAUCAGGUGGGCGUCGUGGGCCCCUUUGCCAACUGGCUCAAGUCGGACGAGGCCAAGGAGGUCUACAAGGCGGGCAACCUCGACGUCGGCAGCCGGCUGAGCGGCGAGGACAAGAAUAUUUGCGACAAGAAGCGCUGCAAGCCUCAUCAGGGAUGGUACUCGAUCCACACUAGAGAUGUGAAAUACCAGAUGAAGCUCCUGGCGGUGGACGCGAACACGAGGCUCGACGAGGAGCGCCGCAUCAAGGAAGCGGCGGCGGAACGGAAGCUGAGAAAGGAGGCGGAGCAUAAUACCGUGCAGCAUGUCCUGCCGGAUGGAACUCUGGGUCCGGCCAUAGCUACGUGAGACUGUUUUGGGUUCGAUUCAGUUUCUGGGGUUCUUCAAGGAAGGCGAUGACGUUGGAAAAGGCGUUUCUGGGGUCAAAAAGGCUUGAGAUAUCGCGGUGCCAGCUAGAAAAUCUACUAAGCUGUGGCCGCACACAGGGAGGCAAUAUAGCCUAAUCACUUCAGAGUGUUUUGCACAGAUGGUGCCGACGGCCGUCCAUAAUCACAAUCACGACUUGAUACGAUUCCCAGAACUGCGGCGAUGGGUGAUGGUAUUGCUCUAUGCCUUUGCCCAUGAACAUCAAUAUCAUUCAUCGUCCCACCUCAUUACCGUUAAGCAUGUGUCUUCAGCUGACAUAUCUGUUGGACAGUCAAAGCCAACGCAGCAAAGACAUAAUACCAAGAAAUAAAGCAUUCUGUGGAAC